UGGCGACUACUACUAUAACGAAACUUCACUGGGUUUACUCUUCAUUCCAUUUAUUGCUCUGAACUACUCAAGACCCGUCCUUCCUCUCUCUACACUACUACACACUGGAGACUCUUAAUUGCUUUUUUCUCUCUCUCUACCGAUGAAAGGAAGUAGCUUUCGGUGAUAGGACAGGGCAGGAAUAGAAGAGAGGAGGGGGAUCCAAGGCGUUGGGUGUUUUUCUCUGUUUUCAUAUGGGUUUUGGUAGGUGGAAAGAGUUGGAUCUACUCAUUGGUUACAUCACAUAUGAAUAGGUAGUCUUGGGAUUUUAAGAUAAUGGGGUUUGACAAGGAUAGCUCAAAAAGUGGAGGAGGCUAUGCAGGAGGAUUCUUUCAGCUGUUUGACUGGACUGCCAAGUCUAGGAAGAAGUUGUUCUCUAGCAAGUCGGAUUUGCCAGAGCGUUCUAAGCAAAGCAAGGAAAGUGAUGGGAACUUGCCAAUGACACGGUUAAAUCUGGUAGAUGAGGAUGAAACUGGAGUUGGGUCAACCAUCAAGGGAAGUAGUGAUUAUAGUUGUGCUUCUUCUGUCACCGAUGAUGAUGGAUGUGGAGCUAGGGCCCCAAGUGUUGUGGCAAGGCUUAUGGGAUUAGAUUCCUUGCCUACAUCAACAUAUUCUGAGCCCUACUCGACCCCCUUUUUUGACACUCGAUCUCUUCAAGAUGUUAAUUAUCAUAGGAAAAACGUUGAUUAUCAAGACCGUGAUUUUUUGUUUUCGGGAAACAUGCUCAAGAAAAUUGAGGGUCCUGUCAGAAAUGUCUUAGAGUCAAAGCCUCAGAGGACGGUAAGCAGACCCAUUGAGAAGUUUCAAACUGAAAUAUUGCCUCCUAAAUCAGCUAAAUCUAUUCCAAUUACCCACCAUAAACUUUUAUCUCCAAUCAAGAGUCCUGGCUUUAUUCCAUCUAAGAAUGCUGCUCACAUAAUGGAAGUGGCAGCUAAAAUUAUUGAACCAGGACCCCAAGCUAAUCCUAAGCCCAAAAUGCCCCUAGUUGGAUCAUCUUCAGUACCACUUAAACUCCGAGACCUGAAAGAAAAAUUGGAGGCUGUGCAGCAAAUGCCUCUGGUUGGAUCUUCUUCAGUUCCAAUGAAGGUUAGGGAUAUGAAAGAAAAAGUUGAAGUUGCUCAUAAAACAUCCAGGCCUGCUGAAGCUUCUCGAAGGAUAGUUGAAUCAAGUGCUGCCAAGCAGCUGAAGGGACAGUCCUUAAACAAGAGCUGGAAUGGAUCAGAAGACACAUCUUCUUUCAGGGCUUCUGACACAGAAGAUGGUUCUUCUAGUACAAAGAAUAGAGGUAAGUCGAUAUCACUUGCAAUCCAAGCAAAAGUCAAUGUGCAGAGAAGAGAAGGUCUGAAUUCAAGCAGCAGCCGAAAUUUAACAGCCUCGAAAGAGCAGGCUGAGGCGAGGUCAAGCCAUCCCUUUAAGAGCCUUCCAAAUACACAAAAGAAUAUGAGUAAGAACUCUUCUACACAUAGUUCUUCUGGUGUCCUCAGGCAGAAUAAUCAGAAACAAAAUUGUGUAAUUGCUAAAGACAAGCUACCAUCCAAGUCCUCAGCUUCCAACACACAAAACAGAAAAGUGCUGUCUGGAAAUCCUUCUUCGUCUUGGCAGAAACCCUCCAACAAAACAGUUGGGAGCUCAAAGACAGGAUCGAGGAAGUCCAGCUUAGAUGUAUCUAAUGGUGAAAAGGGUGCUUCCAGUUCUGGUACAAAGAAUGUUCCUAGGAAGAAACGAUUGAUUAAUGGGGAAUUCAAUUAUGAGAGAAGUCAGGUUGUUGACAAUGUGUUUGCUGAUAACAGUAAAAAAGCAGCUCAAUCUAACCGAGUUUUUGAGAAGCACUUCAGUUGGGCAGAUGAUAGCAAAAAGGCUGGUACAGACAUUGUUUCGUUCACAUUCACUGCUCCAUUGACACGAUCAAUGCCUUCUCCUGAAACAUCUGGUCAGGUUGAAGGAACAAAUGACAAUUUUUAUAUGGACAAUAGGGGAAAGAGAAUGUUGCUUGAUGCAAACAGUAGGAAGUUAUCUGCACUGGGUUACAACGUUAUUGGGGGAGAUGCCUUGAGUGUGUUGUUAGAGCAAAAGUUAAAAGAGUUAAGUUGCAGAGUUGAGGCUGCACAAAAUGGUCCAGUCAAAACUGAAACGAGUUCAGUUAUACCAAAUCUGUUAACUGGUUCCACUUCCUGGCAUGAUAAGAGAGACUGGCAUGCUCCUCUUGCUGAAAAAUCAGGCAAUCCUUGUGACACGAAAUUUUCCUCCACUGAAACUCCAGAGUACAGAUUUAAACAUAAGUUUCAGUCUAGAUUGUUCAGAAGAAUGCAUUUCUGGUUCAUGUGGGUUUUCAGAAGUGCAUUAAAUUGUCAAGUUCUUACUAAUUUGUGGGUUCUUCAUGGGUGUUGUUCAUGUAUGAUUUUGAUUUGGGGUUGUGAGUCUCUCUCUUACACUCCUUCCCUCUUGUCAAUGUUGUUUGAAAGGGAGUUGAUGAGAUGGAUGAGUGUAGCAGCAAUCGUCUUGAUGCCAGACAGUUGCUGGACCAUCGACAAACUAGUCCCAGUUUCUAUACUCGAAACUUGUUUUUCAACUGAAAGUUGCAACUCUUCAGAUAGCACAGAUAGUAUCACUACCGGAGAAAGCAAGCAUUGUUCAUCUGUUCAAGCUCUGGAGAUUCUUGGUUCAGUUCCUGCUAAGAAAUCCUACUCCGUGGAAGUUGAAAGAGAGUUAUCAGAUUCAGCGUCUUCCACAUCAACUGGAAGCCUAGCUAGAAACCACUGGAGCAUGACUGUUUCGGCAAAAAGACCUAAAUCAACCGAAUGGGAACUGCAAUACGUGAAGUUGGUUCUUUGUAAUGUGGAGUUGAUGUUCAAGGACUUUGCAUUAGGACGUGCACGAGAGAUCAUAAAUCCUCAUCUCUUUGAUCAGUUAGAAAGCAGAAAAGCAGGACCCGGAAGUGAUGGUACCAGGUCUAGGCUGACAAGAAAGGUACUAUUUGAUUGUGUGAGUGAAUGCUUGGAUGUAAGAUGCCGGCGUUAUACCGGUGGAGGUUGUAGAACAUGGGCAAAAGGGAUGUCAAUGGUGAGAAAAAAAGAAUGGUUAGCUGAAGAAGUGUGCAAGGAGAUUUCCGGGUGGAGAGGGAUGGCUGAUUGUAUGGUUGAUGAGCUUGUUGACAAGGACAUGAGCUCUCAGUACGGAAGAUGGGUGGAUUUCGAAGUCGAUGAAUUUGUGAUCGGAGUGGAGAUUGAAGGACAGAUAUUUGAUUCUUUGGUUGAUGAAAUGAUUAGUGAUAUCAUGAGAGUUUGAUGAAGUGGACAUGAUUAUUUAUGUUCUUCAUUUCAAAGUGUAUGUUUCCAAUUGUGUCUUCAAGAAAUGCUUUUCUCCCUGGAGAGGGAUAUUGUAUUUUCGAAGUACUCCGAAUUCUUAUAUGAAAUAAAUCUUUU